AUGCACUUGAGGGAUCUUGAAGAUGAUAAGAAGAUGAUGGUUGUUCAGUUUCUCCUUCAAAACUUGAAUGAUGCCGACGUCAAAUUCAACUUAGGGCGCCGAACUAUCACUCGAUUGUGGGCUGAAGCAAAGAAACAAAAACAACAAGGUCGGCUUAUCAAUUUGACAUCAAAGAAAAGAUUCACACCACGCUUGACAAAGAGAGUCCAGAUAGACAUAGCACAAAUUCAGGCUCUAGAGCUAUGUAGAAGAAGCACAAUCAGAAAAUUGGCAGUUGGCAUACAAGUUAGCAAGAGCACAGUGGGACGUUGGGUUCAUUUAGGCCUUAGCAGAACGCAUACGAAUGCCAUAAAGCCUGAUCUCACGGCCCCUAAUAAGCUACUGAGGUUAAGGUUUUCUCUUGAAGCCUUAGAAUAUGAUAGGAUUGCAAAUAUUCUGAAAUUUAAGACAAUGCAUAAUGUAGUGCACAUAGAUGAGAAAUGGUUCUACAUGACAAAGGCAAAUAAUCGAUAUUAUCUCACAAAAGAGGAGCCUGAACCUUACAGGAGCUGUAAGAGCAAAAAAUUCAUCAUUGAGGCUCACUUCGACUCCUUUGAACUUGAGGCGCACUUCGACUCCUUUAUUCACAUGGGCAGAGGUAAGAACAACAAGAAAUUCCUUGAGGCUCUUUGA